CAAAUGCCGCGACGAGGAAGAGGAGGUAAGGGAGGGAGCUCGAUUCGUCCUCGGCCAUGGCAGAUCGGUUAGUCGCGGCAUUAUUGCCUUGUCCAGUGGCGGCGUCUUGCUCGUCUUCCGCCGCGCCAGUAUCGUCGUCGUCGCAUUGUUGCCUAGUUGCCCGGUCCAAUUCGCAUCGCAAUUGGACUCGCUCGUUGCGCUUGGAUCGGUCGUCGUUGCAGGGCCAGAGAUUGGAGCUCCUGCAGUGCUGCUGGCAGCGAAGGACGAGAUCUCGGCUAUUAAAGGUGAAUGCCGCGAGAGGACCCGACGAUGGAGUUAAGUGGUGGGAGAAGGACGGCGGUCCAAACAUGAGGGACGUCCACUCCACGCAGGAGUUCAUCGAUGCGCUUGGGAGUGUUGGAGACAAGCUUGUCAUCGUGGAGUUUUUCGCGACAUGGUGUGGUUCUUGCAGAGCUCUCUAUCCCAAGCUUUGUAAGCUUGCUGAGGAACAUAGAGACAUAGAGUUCAUCAAAGUGAAUUUUGAGGAGAACAAGCCGAUGUGCAAGCGCCUAGACAUCAAAGUGUUGCCUUAUUUCCAUUUUUACCGGGGGGCUGAGGGUCGUGUUGAUGCCUUUUCCUGCUCGUUGGCCAAGUUACAAAAGCUGAGAGAUGCGAUACAACUACACAACUCAGAUCGGUGCAGCCUCGGGCCAACGCUUGGCGUUGGUGAUUUGUUAAGUUCUUUGGCAAACACAAACACCCCUGAUCAGGCUGCUACUGCUACUAGAUAGUGUGAUUCUUUCUUCGUUUUGAGAUUGGACGACUCCUCGAGCACCUCAAAGACAAGCAAGAAGCAGCCGAAGUAAAGCUAAGCAAGUUCACUAUCUCGCUUCUAUAAAUAUAACAACAUUUUUUUCUGGCAAA